AUGAUUGGAGAUAAGGAAAGCUAAAUUAAAAAACUUCAUGAUGAAGUUUAUGGGUUGAACGAAAAAUAUAAGAAUCAAGAAAAAGAUAGAAACGAUGUCAUUGAACGUUUAACUCGUGAAAACGAAGAGAAAAUGAAAGUUUUAAUUGAUUUGGAGACUAAAAUUCAGACUCUAGAGAAGAAAAACGAGAAAGAAAAUAAUGAAAUUGUAACGAAGUACUAGAACCAGAUCAAGGACAUGACUAAAAGAGGUUAAGAGAAAAUAGUUGAAAACGAUACUAAGAUUAAUGAACUUAGAGAAGAAAGAAAUAACAUGGAUGAUACUUAUAAGAAAAGAAUUUACUUUGAAACAUAGCUGCAGCACUGGAGGAAUCAGUGUAACUCCAUUUAGAAGGUCAUUUAGGAUGAGAAAUACAAUAUACAAAUUGAGUAAGCAAAGAUGAAAAAGGCAAUUGAAUCAGAGUACAAGGAAAGUCUUGAGAAAUUUAAGGCUCAGGCUUAACUUGAUGCAGAGAGGAAUUAUUACAAGAGAGAAAAAUAGAAAAUGGCCGAUGAUAAUAAAACAUUCAAAAGGGAUAUGAUGUUGAAUCUUGGAACCGCUGACUAGUAUGACUAAAGAGGAAAAAAUCAAUAAAAGAAGAUCAAAGUUUUGAAAAGCAAAAUUUAAAUCCUUGAAAAGUCUUUGGCCUAGAUUGUUGAAGAUUUUGAAAAAGAAAAAGAACUUGUGAGAUUUUAGCAUGAACAAAUCAUAAAAGAAUAGAAAGAAGAGAUCCUAAAUUUAAGAGAGAUAAUGAGAAGCAAGAACUCAGAAGCAAAGAAAGUUAAGGCAUUAUCACAAGUCAUUCUAGAUUAAAGAAGCGAUGUUGAACAGUUUUUCUUAGAAGCUUUAGAAUAAAUCAAAGAAGAAAUCAGAAAAAAGAUUGCUAUUGAGAGAAAACAAAGAAGAUUAGGCCAGACAAUGGGAACUACUCUUCCAGGAGUUGAACCUGAAAACUCUAACUAGCAGACUUAAAAUUAAAGCAAGUCUUAUGCUGAUAAAGUUGAUCUUAAUGAUCUUGAUUGGGAGGACAGAGAGCGUGUACUGAGGCUACUAUUUUCCAAAAUGAAUGCAGGAGUACCAGGAAAUGUCUCGAACAGUUAUAAUGAAUAAUAGGACAGUGCUGGUUUUAACAAGCAAGCAAAUAGACAGAGUGCAAUUACUGGAGGAAGCUAACUACCUGCAAUCUAAUACGAAGAGGAACAGUGA